AUGGCGGAGCCGAUGGGCUGGGGCAACAACUCCGGCUGCGGCUUCCUGGACAAGAAGUGCAAUGAAAUCGGUGGCCUCGCCACCACGUACCCGCACAUGUUCUGCGAUGACAAGGACACAGCGACGCUCCGCUGCUCCUCUGACCGUCGCCACCUCGGGAGGUGCACCGCAGGCAUCUUUGAGCAGAGGGGGAGUCCGAGAGAGAGGGACGUAUGCCCUGUUGUUUCGACGUAUCUUCAUGAGUUGGCCUCUGGGACAAGGUCCAACGCGUGCGCGGACGCAAGCGUGAAGGAUCUCCCUGGGUCGCUGACUGGCAGUGGCUCGUGGUGCCUGGACGCGAAAGCGCUGAAGGUGAAGACGAACGCCGGUGCAAAACUCGCGGGCGUGUGCGCGCAGGUGCUGUGCGAGGGCGGUGCAGUGAAGGUGAAGUACAGCGGCGGCAGUGCGUACGUGGACUGCCCCGCUGAAAAGGAAAUCGAGGUGAAUUCAGAUGAUUUUGAGGACGGCGGCAAGAUCAAGUGCCCGAAGUACGAGGAGGUGUGCACCAUCGCCGCGAACGGCAGCAGCCUCGUCAUUCCACGCGUGUUGAGUGGAGCAGAGCAGGCGACAGGUGAGGCAGUUGAGCCGCCCCGUGCGGAGGCCUCUUCUGCAGCUGCGGGCGGCGAUUCUUCCAACCCGAAGGCUGCAGCGGCGGUUGGGCCCGGCACGUUGUCGGCUGCUGAGGCGCAGGGGCGAGCGAAAGAGCCUGACGGUGGCGCUCACUCUGCUGCAGCCUCGCCGCUCUUCGAUGGCGCCGCCCCCUCACCGGGCGAGGCCGUUGCCGCAAAAGAAAGCGCCGCGGCGGGCGCGGCGGGAGCAGCUGCUGUGGGCCCCGAUGCGCCUGCGCCGCCCACCCCGACACCGGCGGCGUCCGUCAACGGCAGCGCCGUGCAGAAGAAACUUGACGGGGCGGCGCGGCAAGUCGGAAGCGACGCCGGUGCGGCUGCUGCGGCUGUUGGCGGCAGUCACUUUGUGCUGCUCGCCGUGGCCGCCGCGGUGGCGAUGCUGCCG